UUUUUGCAAGAGCCUUCCUGUAGUGAAGGCUCCAACGCUCUUGCGCCUAGUCUUGUUGUUUCAGGUACCCCGUGGAGCUUUAUUCUCAGGGACAACUACAGGAACUCUGGUUUUGAGACUACACCCAUCAAGCUGAAGAAGAUCAAGAAGGGACACAAGGAGAAUAUGAUAAAACAGGAGGGAAUGUCAUGGAAAUUUUCUAUUACAGGUUGUCCUUUAAAUGUGUCAUAUAUUAGUGUUAUUCAUAUGCCUCUCGUGUGGCUUAAUUAA